AUGAGCUUGAUUAUCUCUGAAUCCCACCCAGAGCAUCCAUUUAACCUUAUCCCUGAGUUGUGCUCUAAUUUUUAUCAUUUAGGAUGGGCUACUGGAACAGGCGGUGGUGUUUCAGUCCGUUUGGGUGACAGGUAUUAUGUAGCGCCCAGCGGCGUACAGAAGGAACGCAUUCAGCCAGGUGAUAUAUUUGUCUUGAAUGACAAGAUGGAGGUCGUUGAAGAGCCGAAAAACUUCAAAAUUAAGAACCUCAAGGCUUCUGAGUGUACUCCGCUCUUUUUCAACGCGUACCGCAUCCGCGGUGCGGGCGCGUGUCUCCAUACGCAUUCCAAGAACUGCGUUCUGAUCAGCCUGUUGUGCGACAGCGAGUUUCGUAUCUCUCACCUUGAAAUGAUCAAAGGCGUUUCGAACGACGAGACGAAGAAGGCCUUGGGAUACCGUAGCACGCUGGUGGUGCCGAUUAUCGAGAACACUGAUUUGGAGGCCAACCUCACCGCGAGUAUGGCAGAGUGCAUGAGAAAGUACCCUGAAACCUCCGCUGUGUUGGUGCGUCGGCAUGGCAUGUACGUCUGGGGCACCACAUGGCAGAAGGCGAAGGGUACUGUGGAGUGUCUUGACUACUUGAUGGAGCUGGCUAUCAAGAUGCGGCAGUUAGGGUUACCAUGGGAACCCAAGAAUGUUGCGUAG